AUGUCUAUCAUCUCAAAGCUUAAGGGUGCCAAAAAGGCUGCGGACGACCACAAGGCAAAGACAGACGAACAGGAUACCAAGCCUGUUGCUACUAUUCCUUACAAACAUGUUCCUACUCAUGCUGCUACCGAUGCCAUGACCAGUUCGCCUGGAGGCUGGAAAUCUGAAGAGAUCGCAUACCAAAACAAAGCUCGCCUUAGCAGAAUCGGCAGUGACUAUUCAACCCGUCCUUCUACCUCUCACACUACCACCACACGAUCCAACAGCAGACCAGGAUUCAACAGAGCCAACAGCGAUUCGUCCCUGGACUUCACCCCGGCUUCCCAAGGUUUCUCGAUGCCUCUAAGAUCAACAGGCUCAUCGUUGAAAUCGGCUGCCAUCUCGCGCAAUCCCAGCUACCAAGGUCUCGAGAAGGUCAUGGAGUCCAAUGAUCGUGAUCAGGAGCCAGUNUUUGCAGCCGCACUAUUGGCCAACAGAACCAAGGCAUCACGCUCUCCUCGUGGUUCCACUCGAAGCUCGCUAGGUAAAAGUCCUUUGUCUAGUGUUGGUAAGUUUCUCUUCAUGCUCACUACUUUUCGCCAACUGACCCAUCUUCAGAAUCAUCCGCCGAGUCAUCACCCGCAGAGAGUGAAAAUAGUUCUCCUACGGGCUCAAGCAGUAAGUUUUGCCAUCAUAACUUCAUUUCAGUCCACUCAAAUUAACCUUUCUGUAGGUGGUCAAAUUGAACUCAGAUCAUCGGCGGUUGCCUAUGCAUCCGCUCUCGAGAUUCAUCCUGGUCACAAAGUCAAUCAGAUGCCCGUGGAGCAACCACAGCCUCAACGCAAAUAUUUUGGACACAACAAGCCGCCCACGUCUGAAACCAAGGAAGCUUCUGUCCCAGCACCUGUCAUAGUCAAGAAGGAAAAACGAUUCUCGUUUUUGAAGAGAGGCAGCAGUUCUGUGGCUGCUCACUGA